AAAGAAGAGCUCCAAGUGUCAUCCAGAGCAGCCCAGCAGCGCCAUGCGAGCGGCUUGAGCUCCGCGCGGAGGCAGAACAAUCCCCCCCCCCAGCUCUGCGCCAAACGCCCCCCGGUAACCCCCACCUCCCCACCCCGCUGCUGCUUCAUCAGAGGGGUCUCGUGGUGAAACGGAGCGCCUGUCUCGUGCUUUCCGGAGGCGGGAGGAGGAGGAGGAGGAUCAUGUCUGACGGCCGGGGCGAGAAGGGCUGAGGCAGACGGACCCCUGCAGACCCCCAAAACCAGCGCCUCGGUUACGGUUCUUCCUCUGAGAGGUUAAGCGCAGUCAGCACUAUGACUGAUGGGGACUACGAUUAUCUGAUCAAGCUCCUGGCCCUGGGCGACUCUGGAGUGGGCAAGACCACGUUUCUGUACCGCUACACGGACAACAAGUUCAAUCCCAAGUUCAUCACCACCGUGGGCAUCGAUUUCAGGGAAAAGAGAGUGGUGUACAGCACUAACAGCCCCAAUGGGACCACAGGGAAGGCUUUCAAAGUUCACCUGCAGCUGUGGGACACAGCUGGACAGGAAAGGUUCAGAAGCCUGACGACGGCCUUCUUCAGGGAUGCGAUGGGCUUCCUGCUGAUGUUCGACCUGACCAGCCAGCAGAGCUUUCUCAACGUUCGCAACUGGAUGAGUCAGCUGCAGGCUAACGCUUACUGCGAAAACCCAGACAUCGUUCUCGUUGGCAACAAAGCUGACCUGGCGGACCAGAGGGAAGUGCAGGAGAAGCAAGCCAAAGAGCUGGCAGACAAAUACGGCAUCCCUUACUUCGAGACGAGUGCAGCCACGGGUGCACAGGUGGACAAGGCGGUGGUCACUCUGCUGGACCUGGUGAUGAAGAGGAUGGAGCAGUGUGUGGAAAAGCCGACAGCCGACGCCCAGAACACCGACGCAGCCAGCAAGCUGACCGCUGCCCCCGCUGCCGAGAAGAAAUGCGCCUGUUAAAAACGCGAGGCCAUGCUUUGUUGCACCCCCAACCCCACUGCUGGACAAAUGUGGAAUUACAGCUCAGCGCCGAUCGUGGUCCGUUGUGGUCGUGAAAAGCACGGCUCUGAGAGGCUUUCCAGCCCUGUCUGUCCUAGCUCAAAUUUAAGACAUGUGGACAUUACGUUUUUUUCAAAACGUCUCCAGUGCAUUUCGGAGUGUUUCUGAAAAUGUCGAUUCCCAUCCUCUUAUGUAAACAGCCUUGAAGAAUUUAAGAAAUUAUGACCUAAUACCAACUAUGGCAAAGAUAUCCUAAAUGUAUGGAUUACACACAGUCUACCUUUAAGAAAUGAA